AUGGCAUCAUCCAUACCAGUGAAGAUGAAAAAGCUCAUGGACUUAGUUAAACUAGGAGAGCUGCCAAGCUGGAUCCUGAUGCAGGAUUUCACCCCUAAAGGCAUUGCUGAGGCGGUUCAGAGAGAACAUGAGCAGCUACACAAGUACCACUGA